GUUUGGAGGUCCUUAAUCAGCAAAAGACAGGCCACUGUUGACAUUGGUUCACAGAAAUUAUCCUGGAGAAACCUGAUGCUUAUGAAGUUAAAACAACUUGGUUCAGGAGAUUGGAAGAAACAGGUCAGUUCUUGUAGGAGUUUGGUCAUUUCAUGUAGGAAGUAGUUAAGUUAUUGAGUGUAUCAUAUAUUCUGGUUUCUUACAAUUGUUCCUUUCAUUUAUAUCUGAACUCUUCCUUACAACCUCAGUUUCUGUUUGUAAUGUAUGGCUAUAGAGGUGUAGUUAUGUAUAGUAUGAUGAUAUAUGGGUUAAGAAGUAUUAUGGAUCUAAGGGUAUAUGGACAGGACCAUAUUUCCCAUAGACCAUGGCCUAGGGCAAAAGGCCUAUGAGGGCAAAUAUACAGAAGAAAUCACAACUCUUUCUUAUUGGUGCUGAUGAAACAGGACUUUAGAUGAAUGAAUUCUUUCAGCUGUACCACUCGGCAUAACUGGAUAUAUUUAUGAACUGUUAUACUAGUUGAACUGCGUGUAUGUGACUGCUAGCGGAAAAAAUGUAAGACAUGAAAUCUAAUUCCUUGUUCAAGUAUUUGAACCAUGUUCAUUUUAAUCAUGAAAAUUUUAAAAUAAAAACUAUUAGAGCUUAAAAGAUGAGUUUUUUAACUUAAGUUUCUCUUGAACUAAGAUGAGAUAAAUCUGUAAUUUCUAACAACCAGGUGGCUCUGGAAGAUGUGCCUGAGACACUUAGACUGUACUGUACACCUUUGACUUCUGGUGCCUUUAUUUUAUGGGAGAGGGCCAUCGCCUUUUCACCCCGUCUCAGCAACCUGCAGGAAACAAGAGGAUCUCAUGACAGCCAGGAGUCGGCCAUCCGAAAAGGGAGAGUCUAUGCCGAACAUGUUCGAGUGUGGGAAAUAGGACUGAAAACAUCUAACUUGCAAACAGCCAUUGCCAAAGUCAUCAAAUCACAUUGUCGUGGGCAACAGUGUGUGGUCAAGGUAGUUGUUUUAAGUGGGACAAAACAACGAAAAUGUUGUGGCUGCGACUAAAAGGGUAUUAAUUGAUUCAGAAGUACAGAAAGAAAUAAAGCCAACUCCCCCAAUCCAGUCUAGACAUAGAUACUUACCUGACAACAUUUAGAAAUGAGGGAAGCUUCAUUGCUUAUUGGCACCUUGCCAUAUACAGUUUCUGCUCCACUGGAAUCAAAUAAAAAAAUGUUUGUUUUUUGUACUGAUGAAGGCAAUUGUCGAAACGUGUACAUUUGUAUUUUGUAUAAUCAUCAUUAAAGCUGAACAUAAAUAGUGUUUUAUUUACACAACUUGUUUGUGUCUAAUUAAUCUACUUUACAGCUUUAUCGCAGUCCAAGAAUCUUAUAAUUAGUUAAUUAAAUAUAAUUGAUUGCUCCAUUAAUUUUUUAAAAAGUGUAACUAAUAGCUUCGGUCAGCUAUUCUGAACUAUUAUUACUUGUUUCAACCCUCCCCCCCCCUUCCCUUUUUUUUUUCCUCCCCUUUUUCUCCCCGUUUUCUCCUCUUUUCCACAGAAAUUCCUGAUCAGCCAAAAGGCAAAACAGUCACACCAAAUUGAGAAGACCCUUCCAAAACUUUUCAGAGAAUGCACUGACCUACAGGAACUUGAUGAGGUACAGC